UGGAUACAGAAAAAGAAUUCAAUUGGCUAUUAAAAAUCUCAAACAAAAAAAAAAAAAUUCCAACUGUUAGUGUGGCAGCUUGUGUUUAUGGUGUUCAACAGUCUACCUUACAUGCUCAGGAGUCUUGAAUGAAUCCAACUUCCAGUCAGGAGAAAGCGCGUUUAAUGCAGUCCUACCUGGCAGGCUGAUACAAUGCCUCAGGGACCAAGGAUGGCCCCCCACAGUGCUCCAUUGGGUGGCAAGCUUUACCCGUAGCCGAACAGCAGCCAUACGGCUGGAUGGGCAUCAGAGCCCCAUGCUUUCGCUGAUGAUUAUAUGAAAGUCAAUUAUGUUCAGUUAUUUCUCAGAGACCAUUCACUAAUCCAGGGUCUCGUACAGAUACCAAUCCAGUUGGAUGCACUCUGCUACACCUGGGAGAGCUUCAGCGGCAGGUCUAUGCCACAGACCAUGACUGUUAUUUACAAAGAAAUUGAGGGAAACUUAUGGAAAAUGGAUGUCGCGAGACUGGAAAAACAAAUUGACGGGAAACGGGUGAUGUCAUCUGAUGUUGAAAGUGCAAAGAUGGAUCAAAUUGUCAUAGAGAUCUAUCUUCUUGAAGGCCUUGCAAUUACAGGACUGCAUAAAGACAUUAUAUACUUUGAUUCGGAGAGCCGGAAUGCUAUAUCAGAGCAGUUCCAACUCCCUGGUGUCCCUGGUGUCCCUGGUGUCCCUGGUGUGACUAUAUUGCUUGACAAGACUCUUCCACGCCUCUCCUUUCUACGGACGUCAGACCCUUCACAAAAGAGCACCAAUCGGAGUUACCAUUUGCAUUUGACAUUUCAAGAGUAUUUUGCAGCACGGUAUUUUGUACGUCAGUGGAAGGCAAGGCAACCUCUCAAAUAUCUUGAACUUAGACAUGACAAGGAAAUGAAGAAGACCAAGCCUGUUAAAUUCCUUCAGAAACAUAAAUGCCAUGCACGCUAUGAUAUCUUCUGGAGUCUUGUUUCUGGAUUGAUUGACGCUGAGGGAGAAAGGGAAACACUCUGUUUCUUCCAGACUAUUGAGGAAGAGCCACGCGACCUUCUGGGACCUACGCAUCAAUGGCUGAUCAUGCAUUGCUUGAACGAAGUGGUGCCACGACAGGGAAGUCAGUCUUUCUCUCAAUUCCAAUCAGAGCUAGAGGGUCAACUAUCUUUAUGGCUAUUGUUUGAAUGCAAGUUUCGAGGACAACCACCCUGGCUAGCAGGCAAAAGGGAGUUUCCAGAUAAGGCCGUGAAAGGAGCCUUAGCACAAGCGUCUGACAAGAACAAAAUAUUACUUUUUAAAUCGCUCCAGUCACGACCUGUUAUUUCAUUGAGUGUCCUGGAUCUGGCAACUUUAUAUUUAAGACAUGGUGCCUCCCAACCCUUAGCCAUAAAUUUUCUCAAAAUUCUACGUGUGGCAAUUGAGGCGCUUCAGAACCAAGGACCACUGCCUGGAGAGAUUGUGAAGGCUGUGGCGGCACGAUUUGAGGACAAGGACAGACAUGUCCGACGGGCGGCAGUUGAAGCCCUUCAGAAUCAAGAGUUGACGUCGGAGAUACUGAACCAGUAUAUGGAACCACUACACCCGAAUUUCCUAAAGCGAAGUCUCAACGAAAAUCUAACCUGGUGUGUUGCGGAUGGAAUCUCUUGCAUAACAAUCGAUACUCGAGAGAUUCCCUUAAAAGGCCAACUGGACCAGCUUGAGACACAGAGCUUCGGCAUGAUAGAGCUUAAUCAUGCCAUUAGAGACAAAGGGGCCCAGGACGUGCUUGAAACCAAGUCGGAUGCCCUGUACCAUGCGGAUCAGACCCUGGCUGACUUGCCCACUAAGUACCAUUACUGCGUAGCUACAGUGCUUGAAGGCUCGGGGCCGUGAACAAUAUUUACUGGAUUGAAUAUCUAAAGGACAUACUCCAAUCCCUCAUCCUGACUAAUUCCCCAAUGACCGACCUGGGUG